UGAACUACUUGUUAACAUGAAGCCAAUUAAUCUGGUCAAGCGAAAGUAAAACGUUUAAAAUAAAUACAAAGAUACUUGUGUUAAAAGUUUAAUUAACUUUGUAACUGCUUUGUGAUAAAAAUAAGUACAGUGAAUUAUUCGGCACAACCAUAAUAUACUUUGAAUGAAAUCAUUCAGAAUUUCAUAAGACGUAUAACAUUUAAAAGGGGAUCCUCCAUAUAAUAUGGUUGAUUCAAAUACUAUUAGUUCCAAGAAUUAUUAUCAUUCAGAACUGCAAAAUAGGUUAUACUUUUCAAGUGGUUCAAAUCAGGAUAUGAAAAUCCCUUAUCCAUGUACUUGUUGCAAGCGAAAUUCCCCUUCUAUAUUUUCACCACGAUGUAUGAAUGUUUGUGCAGACUGUGAUACUCCAGCCAUAAACUAUAAUCUCAAUUUAUCGACAACCAAUCUUUCAGAUAAUAACCUCAACCCAUUUUCUCAGUUUACUUCUUUAUCAAAAUCCAAAGAUCCUUUCUCCAGUGUUUUGAACAAUGAACAACACAAUUAUAUAAAUAAUAAUUCUCUUCGACCUAAAAUCUCGUCUCCCAUUAAUUCUUCUCUAACCAUUCUGAAAUGUGAUGAGUUCUCUACGUCUAAACUUAAUUUGGGAAAUUCUGUUGAGUUGCCUACAAAUCAACUGGCUAUAUCAAACGAAGGUGAUAGCAUAUGUGAUGAUAUGGAGAUAAUUAAUAACAAGGGCACUGAAGAAAAUAAUAAUAUUACGAGUUAUCAUCAAGUCAUUCACACUGAUAAUCCAUACCACAUGAAUCAGUCUAAUCCGAAUCUUCUUAAACUUUUGUCGAACUGUAAUCAGUUAGUCAGAAACUCAUCAGUUGAAAUAUUACCAUCUUUGUAUUCACCGCUACCUUCAUUAUCAACUGUUAAUACGCUACAUCCAUUUAACAAUCAUGUUACAAGAUUAGACUCUUUAAUGCUAGAUAAUACUUCAAAAUGUCUCAGUGAGAAUUGUAUAACCGAAAAUAUGGAAAAAUAUAAUCAAACUAAGAAUGAAGAUAAUAUUGUUAACGAAAGGUCCGAUGAUUAUAUGGAUAGCAAAUCAACUUAUCCGAAUAAAAAUUCCUUGUGGAUGUUUAAUAAUUGCACCAACCCAAAUAACACAGCAGGAUUUGAAGAACCAUUUGAUGUCAGUCACACAAUGCAAGAGGUUAUCAAAUCUUCUAUUUGUAAUUAUCCUUCAAAUAUAUACAAUUCUUCAUUGUCACUACCAAUAGCCUUUCCAUCCUCCCCUUCUGCUUCACUGACUCAUAAUUAUGAAUCAUUACAGGUGGAAAAACCUGCCAUAAACUUUGUAAAUCAUGCUCAGGUUACCACUAAUCCUUGCAUGAUACAACAUGACAUGCAGCAUUCAACUUCAACUAACUAUUCAUCAUCGUGUUCUUCUUCAUCAUCAUCAUCAUCAUCGUCUGAGCAUCAGCAACAACAGCAGUCACAUCACUGUUUUCCUCAGACUGAUAUUGCUUCAUACUUACCAUCACAAAUUAAUUCGAUAGAAUGUAGUGAUAAACAUCAAUAUGGUUUAACAGAUAUGUCCUGUCCACGUCGUCAGGAACAACAGUAUCGACAAAAAAAGUUGUUUAUUCACUUUCCAACACCAACAGAAACCGUCAAAUUGAUGCCUAAACAUUUGAUGAUGACUAAUGCACAACAGCACCACCAACAUCAAAGUCAACAGCAACUCACAGACGACCUUCUUGAAAGUGAAUCGCACUCAGUAAUCAAUAAGCUUGGCAUGGAAUAUACCUCUCAAGCAACCAUAGACAAACAAUCUGUGCUUCAUGAAACUCCUCAGUGUGUACAAUGUGGAAAAUUUAAUAUUGAAAAUCAACAAUGGGUUUUCGACAGAAUUACUGAACUUUAUUUAUGCAAUGAAUGUAAUCAACAAGUCAACAAUGACAAUAAUAGAAUUAAGUCAACAAGAAAAAUGAAACAUCUACCAAGUAUAAAUGUACCAGCUGAUAAAGCUAAGCCAUUCUUUGAUCCAUUACUGAAUUAUGGUACACGGAAUAGAAAUCGAUCAGGUUUAGAUCAAGAUAAUGGGAGUUUGUCUCUUCUUAUAUGGAAUGAUGUCAAAUCUUACUCUAAAGAUCCUUCAUUUAUAUUCAAUCCUACGGACAAUUUUAAUGAGAUAGAUAAACACUUGCAAAUACAAUCACCUCAAGAGAUUUCAAACUAUUUUACAUGGUCACAAUAUACAACGAACGUGAUGAAGGAUGCGGCUGUUACUAGGGUACCAAUCGAUUCAAUACAUAGUGAAGAAAACAUCUCAAAGUCAUCUAAUUCAUUAAAUAUUCCAAACUCUACACGUCGUUCAGGACAAUUUUGUACCAAUUGUAAUACUUCAGCAACUACCCUAUGGCGUCGUAAUACGGAAGGAGAACCAGUUUGUAAUGCAUGUGGAUUAUAUUAUAAACUGCACAAGAUAAACCGUCCAAUAUCUAUGAAGAAAGAAGGGAUUCAAACUCGCAAGAGAAAACCAAAAAUGAACACACUAAAAUCUAAUCAGUUAUAUGUACCGAAUCUCUCUCGAGGUUCUGGAAAACCUAUGAACAAAUUAGUGACGCGUAUGGAUGGUUCUAAACAGGCGAGUUUUUUAUUGAUAAUAGAUAUCAGUACGAUAUUAUAUACCGAACUGUAUAUAACAAGAGCUGUUCUUUCUAACCAAUCUCCAUAUAAAACCCGACAUCAUCACAUUCCUUACAAAGGAACAGAGGUUGAAAGUCACCAUUCUAUUCCACCUAGAUUUGUAGCUUUCCCAAAUUUGUUUUAUGAUGAACAAAGCAUGAAAAAACAAAAUCUGGAUGAAAACAAAUCGAAUGCAUUGGAUUCGUUAUUUCAUUCUCAUUCAUUAAAUGAAGUUCAUCCAAUGCAUACUACAACACGUACUCCCCAAUUUCCUCCACCGGUUUCACUAUCUCAUCAUCACCGAGUGAAUAUAGACGAACCCAACAGUUCAGUUAGCGAUAUUCAUUACAAUCAAUAUGGUGACCAAGUUGAGAACACUGCGAUGAUGAUCAAUCGGUUACCGAUAAUGAAUAAAGUAACAGGAGAGAAUUGUAUAAAUUCAUUAUUAAUCUGGUCUAACACGUCGAGAACAAACGAUGAUUCGAUGAAUACUGUAUUAUUAACCAACUUUAUAGAGUUAGACCGUAAUCAUAAUCAGACUAUCACUGAAGACGAUAAUGAGAAUAGUAAUAACAAUAAUAAUGAGAAUAGUGAUAAACACUCCAAUAUCCCGAUUGAUUUUUCAAAUACAGUUGUCGACUUUAUAAAUUUUCAAUAUCAAGAAAUCCAUGAAAAAUCCGAAACUCCAAAUUUACUACAUCCAAACUUUGAACAGAAAACUAUGGUGACUGACGAUGUAAACUCAAUAACUCAAGAACAAUCAGUAAAUUUGAUGAAUCCACUAGAACCAAAUUUUCCAUCACCAUCAAACUUCAGCCAUUCUUCAGAAAUAUAA